GGAUGCGUUAAUAAUUUGCGUGGGUAUCAAUAUUUUUCUCUCUCUCUCUAAAAUAUAGUUCUUUCUGCAAACCAAAACCUUUGUUUAAGUUGUAAUCGGAUAAACUCGCACCCUAUUUGCUUCUUUGGAGGUUUGUAUGUUUCUUGAAAUUAGCUCUGCUUUUCUUUUUCCGGGAAAGUUGAUUCCUUUUUAUUAUUUUCCGUAAGAAAGAAAAAUUAUAAUCUCUAUUCUCACGCUAGUUGUAAUUCUGCUAACAAUCUGAUCUUAAGCACAUGAAAAAUGGGUUUCUGUUGAAAAGAAAGUAUGUGAUUAUCUUGAAUGUGUUAAAAACAGAAACUUUUUCCAUCGUUGUCCUUAUUUUCCUGGAUUUUCUUAGCCCCUCCUUUCUUGUAUUUUUUUUGUCUCCCUUGUUUUAAGGUGGGUUUUUGAUUUAACUUGAAGAAUUAACGUUGAAUUUUGCGGUGUCUCAGGAGUAGUUUUUUUCUUGAAUAUUGAAAAAUAGUGUUGAGGAUAUUGAGUUUUCUUUAAGUUUAAAGCAAAUGCAGAAACAGAGUACAAGAAACAGAACAUCCCAAUUAAAGCAAUUGCUUUAUCUUUGAAUGUUUCUUUAGACUUUCCGAAACGAAAAUGAAGCCGGAAACUGGAGUCUCCGGUGGCUGUGGAUUUUGACAACAUUGCCAUUUACCACUCAGGACUUUCUCUUGAAACAGAAGAAAAGAAAGAGAGAGAAAAGAGAGAUAUUUUUGAGUUAUUUUUAUAUUUAGCUGUCCAAACGUCAAAAAAUAGAAUUCUCUUGCAUUUCUGUUUCUCCUCGUCACUCUUUCUAUCUAUCUCUAAAAAGGAAAUCAAAUCCCGACAAUUUCUCUCUCUCUCUCUCUCUCUCAUUCUCUCUCUGUGUGUGUCUAACCCUUCUCCUUUUGUUUUCUCCUCUAUUUUCUUGACCUUCCUCUGUUUUUUCUUUUCUGGGUUGGGGGAGAAACUAAAUUUCUCUCCUCUCUUUUCCAGCUCUCUAUCUCUUUCUCCUCGAAACCAUGAUUUUUGACAAGGGGUCAACGCAAUCAAACCUCGACUGCUUCCUUCAUUGCACAACUCCAUUAGUCCCAUCCCAAUUCCUCCCCAAGACUGAGAUUAGAAACUUAAACCGUCUGUGGCACCCAUGGGAGAGAGACACGGUUGAGUAUUUUACAUUGGGUGAUCUAUGGAAUUGUUACGAUGAAUGGAGUGCUUAUGGGGCUGGAGUUCCUAUUGUCUUGAACAAUGGAGAAACCUUGGUCCAGUAUUAUGUGCCUUAUCUCUCUGCUAUUCAGAUUUUCACUAGCAAUUCCUCUGUUAACGGUUUCAGGGAAGAGAUUGAGUCUGGUGAUGGUGAGACGAGGGAUUCGUUUAGCGAUUCAUGCAGUGAUGAGAGUGAGAGUGACAAAUUGUGGAGGUGGGAUGGAUGCUCUUCAGAGGAAGGCGGAUUCGAACAAGACAAUCUUUGGCGUCUCAAUGAUAGAUUGGGUAACUUAUAUUUUCAGUAUUUUGAGAGAUCAACUCCGUAUGGAAGAGUUCCAUUGAUGGAUAAGAUUAAUGGAUUGGCUCAAAGAUUCCAGGGCUUGAUGUCGUUGCGAAGCGUGGAUCUUUCUCCGGCUAGUUGGAUGGCUGUUGCAUGGUAUCCAAUUUAUCACAUUCCCAUGGGAAGAACCAUUAAGGACUUGUCCACAUGCUUUCUUACAUACCACACCCUGUCAUCAUCUUUCCAAGAUAUGGACCUAGAUGAUGAUAUUGAGAGUCCAGAAAGGAAGCGAAAGGAAGGGGAAAGCAUAUCCCUUCCCCCAUUCGGUUUGGCCACUUACAAAAUGCAAGGAAAUGUAUGGAUCUCAGGCCACUGUGGCAGGGACCAAGAAAGGCUAGUGUCACUCUUUAGUGUGGCAGAUUCGUGGCUAAAGCAACUGAGGGUCCAGCACCAUGACUUCAACUACUUCAUGGGUAUUCGGCAUGGCUAAAACCGAUACUUUUAAAAAUUGCACUUUUGAGAACCCAUGAAUAGAAUUCAUCACUGAAAUCCUCCUUUUUGUUGGAAUUUUGGUUCUCUGCCUGAGUAAGAAUGGAAAGGGAGGUCUUGCGUGUCAGGAUUACAGUCAGUUCUUGGUCGUUAUCAAGCUUCGCUUCGUUUGCAAGCUUAAUUUAGUGCUAAUCCUUUGUAUUUAUGAGGUUUGAUCAUCAAAGAGGGGCAUGUAUGUGAGAUGGUUGAUCCCUCUUUUUCCCUUUUUUUUUUUUUUUUUUUUUUUUUUUUUUUUUUU